AUGGCCAUCAAAAAGUUCUUUUCAUAUUAUCAAGAUAGAAAAGAAAUAAUAUUAAGAUUUACAUGUGCUUUAAUAUUUUGUGGACUCAUAAUUUAUUUAUCUUUACCAAAAAUAUUGAUUGUUACUGGGUUUAAGAAUGGGGAUCCAUUGGUUUCUAUAAAAGUCGAAAAUCGUACUAGUUCGGGAAUUACUUCCCUGAAUGUAUUCAUUUGUAGCAAAUAUUUAACAGGAAUAACUAUUGAAAAAUUGGUAAAUAAUAAAGCAAUUAAUAUUUCGAUUGAAAAUUAUACAACCCAAACAACUACCGAAAAUUUAAAUUCCGGGGAUUGGACAUCCGCAACGGGACCUUGGUCAUGUUACAUUUUUCGACCUUUUGAAAGUUUUUCAUUUCAAAGAGGAAUUCUUGAUCAAUUUAUUAUUAUCGCAUAUAAAGAAGAUAAUAAUGAUACAAUCAAAGAUAAUAAUGGAAUUAUGUUCGGACUUUUUGAUGAAACUAUAGAUAUUAAAAAUGUUGAGCCUUUUAUAGGACCAGUACCAUCAAUAAAUAGUUUCACUUAUACUAGAUCAGAAAAAGUUGAUGUUUAUGGAAAUGUUUAUCCUAAUUUCGUAAUAAACAAACAAAACAUUUUAGUUCAAAGAGAAUCAACUGGUCAUAGUUCUCAAUAUUAUUUUACAAGUUUCGUAAUGAAAAAAGUUGAAGCAAGAAUUAAUGAAAAAUUUUGGUUCUUAGAACAAACUCUUAGUCGUCAUUAUUUAUCAGGAUUUCGAUUGCGAAGCUAUAUUAUUGGAUGGGUUCACACAUGGGAUUGGGAUCGAUAUGAUCGAUAUCUGUUCAUCCCUUCCUGUUCACAAAAUAUGGAUUGCUUCCACUAG